AUGGCACCCACCACCAGAAAGAUCGUUUGCUUCUCAGACUUCGAUGGAACUAUUUUCAUGCAGGAUUCAGGUCAUGUACUGUUCGAUAAUCUAGGCUGUGGCGAGAAGCGCCGUCAGGAGCUGGACCAGCAGAUCAAGUCCGGCGAGCGUUCAUUCCGCGACGUCUCGGAGGAGAUGUGGGGGUCAUUGAAUGUCCCCUUUGAAGACGGGUUCAAAAUCAUGGAAAAGGAGUUGGACAUUGACCCUGGCUUCCAUGAAUUUUACCAGUUCUGCGUUGCCAAUGGCAUUGAGUUCAACGUGAUCAGUGCAGGGCUCAAGCCGAUCCUGAGCAACGUGCUGGCCACUUUUCUCGGAAAGGAAGAGGCUUCCCAAAUCGGGAUCGUUGCCAACGACGCGAAGAUCGAGCCCGAUGGCUCCGAAUGGAAACCUGUUUGGCGGGACAACACCGAACUCGGCCACGACAAGGCGCUGUCCGUCAAGGAGGGUCGUGCGAUCGCGGCAGCGGAAGACGAGAAUGGAGAGAUUCCCCUUAUCAUCUUCAUCGGCGACGGUGUAUCUGACCUGCCGGCUGCGCGAGAAGCGGAUGUGCUCUUUGCCCGGAAAGGGCUGCGCUUGGAAGAAUACUGCAUCGAGAACAACGUCCCCUAUACUGGGUUUGACUCCUUUUCCGAGAUCAAGAGGGAAGUUGAAGCCAUCAUGAAGGAGGAUCAGGACAAGACUGGCGGAGUGGGCACGCCUGCUCGCUUCAAUCCUCGGGCAAAUCUGUGGCGGCGUGUCUCGAGCCGGCAAGCUGUCCCGAAAUUUGUUGCUGCGACGCCCUCCAAGGAAGACAAGAUGUUCUUGUGGCCCGAAUUCUCCGAAUACAAACCUCGAAACCAGACGAACAAUCCUUCCUCAUAA